AUGGCUGGCAACAAUCUGGCUCAUACCAAAGUUGCUGCUGAGACGGCCACUGAACCUGUUGCAGUGACCGGCGAGGUGGAGAACCGCCUGCCAAAGCGAUCACCAUGGACCGCAUGGAUGUAUAUGUUCGCGUGGUAUCCAUCACACUAUCCCAGGGAGGAAAUACAGUUACUAAAGAAGCUCGAUUGGUUCAUUCUGACUUUCACAUCGUUGGCGUUCUUUCUGAAAUGGCUUGAUCAAUCCAACAUCAACAAUGCUUAUGUCUCGGGUAUGAAGGAGGAGCUUCACCUUGAUGGUAAUCAGUAUUCACUCUUCGGCACAUUCUACAAUAUUGGUUACAUCGUCACACAAGUUCCCGCAAUGCUGCUGCUAUCUCGUCCAAAGUACUCACGAUGGUUUUUGCCCGGGAUGGAGAUAGCCUGGAGUGUUCUAACGUUCGCCCAAGCAAAGGUCAAUAGCGCAGCCGAUAUCUAUGGAACCCGCCUGCUUUUGGGAAUCCUCGAGACACCUGUAGCUUCCGGCUCACUUUUCAUCCUGUCGUCAUGGUACAAGCCUGAAGAGUUGUUCAAGCGCGCGGGCUUGUGGUAUGUGUCUAACAACAUUGGCGUCAUGUUCGGCGGUUACCUGCAAGCAGCAGCAUAUACCAAUCUGAACGGUGUCAGCGGCAUGGCAGGCUGGAGAUGGCUCUUCAUCAUCGAUGGAUGUAUCAGUCUACCCAUUGCUGUUUUGGGAUUCUUCAUUUUCCCAGGUAUGCCAUCCAGCAGCAAACCAUGGUGGAUGACAGAAGCACAACACGAACUGGCUCGACGCCGAAUGAGCGACGUUGGUGUCGAAACCCCCAAAAAGCUGUCAUUUGGCGUGCUGAAGCGUGUCUUUGGUAGGUGGCAUUGGUACGUGGCUAUCCUGGCCUACGUCUUCUUCCUUUCGUCCACAUAUCCACAGGGUCAAAUGGCGCUAUGGCUCAAAGAUCAAGCCACCAAGUAUGGAACAUACACUGUUCAGCAGAUCAACACCUACCCUACAGGAAACUCCGCUGUCUCUGUGGUUACGGCCAUUUUUGCCACAUCUUUAUGCAUGGUCUAUCCAACGUGGAUUAUUUUCCUCAUUGUACAAGCAAUUUACCUUUUCUGCAAUAUUUGCAUGAUGGUCUGGGAUAUCCCAGUUGGGCUCAAAUUCGCUGUAUUCUACAUUUUUGGUGUCCAGGCUGCCGUGACCCCGAUUCUGAUUCCGACGGUUAACUACUGGUUCAAAGACGAUACUGAGGCUAGAGCCUUCACUACAGGCAGUAUGCUGACUUUCGGUUUUGCAUUUAAUUCUUUCUAUCCCAUCACGGUAUUCCCUGUUGUCGACGCUCCUCGUUGGAAGACCGGUUACAUCGUCAACUUUUUCUUCAUCCUCGGGUGCACUUUCACAUUCCUUACUGGCUUCUACUUGGUCCAUCGGCAGGAAAAGAAGGCGACUGUUAUCUCUACCGAUGCAGAAUCCCUCGAGAAGGAUGUUCUAUGA